CUUGUGCUCCUUGGCCCUUUCUCUCGCUCUCUCUCUCUUUCUUUUUCCCUCGCUCUCUCUUGCUUUCUCUCAUUCUCUCUCUCUCUCUCUCUCUUUCUUUCUCUUUCUCUCUCUCUCUCUCUCUCGCUCUCUCUCCCCUUUUAUAUUCAUUUUCCCUCCCUCCUGCUCUUCUCGACACCAAUCGCCUCUCCGGCUAUGUAGUGUAUAUUGUCAAGUAUAUAACUGUGUGCAAGCCAGCAGACAGAAAAUACUCGCCGCCGUCGCCACUUCCAUCGCCCUUUCUCUCUUUCUUGCUGGUUCGCUGCUCUGGUAGUCUGCGACUGUGACCCCGGCCUUCACUGUCUGCGCGCUCGGCUCGCAGUUUCAAGUGUUUCUCACGUUCACCAGGACUAGUGAUUGUGCGUGUGUCUUUGUGUCUCUGUGCCUGUGUUUGUUGCUAAGUAAGGCUGCACUCUACUUGCCUGGUCCUGUUGUCAAUUUAGCAUUACUUCACUGAAUAGCCUAGUGCAGUCAUUGCAUGUUGAGUGUGGAGAGCUCAGCCUGACAAUAAGUUCCAAGAUCAUUGUCAAGCCUCAUUACUGUACUGCCAACUUAGUCUCUCAGGACAAACGUAUGUGUCAAUCGAGUCAUUGGUCGCACUGGUCAUUCUUUGCAGCAGCACUGAUGUACCUGGCCAAGCUUCUAUCUCUUGAGGACUUGUCUUAACUACUCUCCCAAGACCAAGUGCAGAGAGUGUGAUGCCUGGCAGUAGAUCCAGCACUGACCCAGAGCACAAGUCUCCAAGGGAAAGCGGCGAAGAUUCAGAGGAUGAGAGCGAAAUUUUGGAGGAAAGCCCCUGCGGGCGGUGGCUUAAACGUAGGGAAGAGGUAUACGUAGGUUCGAAGUCGUCGACGAGUAUGAGCAGCAGCGCCGUGGUCGUCGUCGACAACGAGGCUUCGCUGGCCGAGUCGUCGACCAAGGUGGCGCAACAGGAUCUACCGGGCAUAGACUGCGCCUACCUGGCCAUGGAUACCGAGGAGGGCGUGGAGGUGGUCUGGAACGAGGUGCAGUUCUCCGAGCGCAAGAACUUCAAGGCUCAAGAAGAGAAAAUACAAUUGGUCUUUGAGAACCUCACUCAGCUCGAGCACCCGAAUAUCGUCAAGUUUCAUCGGUACUGGACCGAUACACACAAUGACAAGCCACGAGUUAUUUUUAUCACGGAGUACAUGUCGUCGGGCUCCUUAAAGCAGUUCCUAAAGCGAACAAAGCGCAACGUCAAGAAGCUACCGCUACAGGCCUGGAAACGAUGGUGUACACAAAUUCUUUCUGCACUUAGUUAUUUGCAUUCCUGUUCACCACCCAUCAUUCAUGGAAAUCUUACUUGCGAUACGAUAUUUAUACAACACAACGGUCUAGUCAAGAUCGGCUCUGUGGCGCCAGAUGCAAUUCAUCAACACAUAAAAACUCAUCGAGAAAAUAUGAAGAAUAUGCAUUUCGUCGCUCCAGAGUAUGGAAAUUCAGUGACACCAGCCAUCGACAUCUAUUCGUUCGGUAUGUGUGCAUUGGAAAUGGCUGCGUUAGAAAUCCAGGGAAACGGAGAGAGUGGUACUGUUGUCACAGAUGAAAACAUUAACAAAACCAUUGAGUCGUUAGAUGAUGCACAGCAAAAAGACUUUAUCAGGAAGUGUUUAGCCUCAGAUCCAAUGAGUAGACCGAGUGCAAGGGAGUUACUUUUUCAUCCUGUGCUAUUUGAAGUUCAUUCUUUGAAGCUACUUGCUGCACACGCUUUAGUCAAUUCAGCUACAAAUAUUUCUGAAACUAUAACAGACGAAGUAUUACAAAGGCUCUAUGGGCCAGAUACCAUUGUGGCAGAGAUUCGAUAUCAAAACAGGCCUCCGCAUCAAGUUCGUUUUAAUGAUAUACCCGUACCAGAAAAAUUAGAAAAAUUCGUUGAGGACGUAAAGUAUGGAAUUUAUCCAUUAACUGCAUUUACGGCUAAGCUUCCGCCGCCCGUACGGCCCAGGGCGAUUUCUCCAGAAGUCACUGAAUCAGUGAAAUCUGUUACUCCAGAACCAGUCGAUGUGGAGUCUCGUAGGGUAGUUAAUAUGAUGUGUAACGUUAAACCUCGUGAGGAGAGCUGUGAAUUGCAAAUGACAAUAUUGUUAAGAAUGGAUGACAAAAUGAACCGUCAGUUAACUUGUCCGAUAGCACAAUCAGAUUCAUCGAUGCUUCUUGCACAAGAACUUGUACACUAUGGGUUCAUCAAUGAGAAUGACCGUGAUAAGAUAGCAAACUUAAUUGAAGAGGCAUUACGUGGCUGUAUAAGUAAGCAACAAAUGAUGAGUCCAAAUCUCGUGUCACUUGCAAAUCUUCCCAACCAAACUACGCUGCUGUUACCGGGUCCCGAAUUUUCUCGUUUACAGCGUCUUGAAGAUGUAAAAGAGCAACCACAGUUUUCAGCACCUCAGAAGAUGGUCGAACCAGUGACAAGGCCACAACAAGAGCAGAGGCAGUGCGAGCCUCACACAAUUGAACCUCAAACAGUAGUGAAUGAUGGUACCAGUUAACUAUCGGCUGUUACUCAUCGCUUCGCUAAGUCUCGACUUCACUACUGUGCCACUUUGCACGCUCCAUGUAUAGACUGGCUAUGUAUUUUUAUAUUUUAAGUAAGAUAAUCAUGAGAGAGAAAAUGAGAAUAGAAAAAACAAAAAUAGCAAUGAGUUCAUACGAAAUGUACAGGGAACAUGAAAAUGUUGCACAAUACCUUGAUUUAUAGACAGUUUUUCAAUUAAUAAUUGAGUGUACAUAGUCGACAGCAAUGAUGAAGUAUUUAAUUAAACCUGAUGCAAAACGUUAAAGCUCUGAAUUAACUAAAUUUUUCUGUUCUCUCUGCAAAAGACAAAAGUCCGUUAUUAUUUGAUGACUGUUUAUAGAUUGAAGAUAUUAAAAUUUUUCUAAUGAAACUUGUUGUAAAAGAAAAGAAAUGAAAGAGACCCCAUUGUUUGUUUCGUUUUAGUUUAUGUAUUAAGUUUUUUUAUACAGAGAAUUUAUUUCUUCCUUUUCCAAAUAGUCAAUAGAUGUAAGUCAGACUCGAAGACCGUGAAUAAAGGUUCAAAAGGUUUUAAUUUUCGAUCUGGCAAAAGAAAAUUUUUAAAAACCAAUGAAAUAGACUACCGAUAAAUAUGUCAUUGAUCAUUCUUCCAAAUGAAAUAUAUUAAAAUAAGAAUUGCUUUACGCAUUUACAAGAUUAAGUUAAAUAUCAAAAGUUCACUUCAUAAAAUUAUGAAAAAUUUAUUAAACUACUGCAAAUCGAUGAUGUAUAUUUUUUAUUUAUUGAUUGAAAUCAAUUUACGUGAAAAAAUAUGUAAAUACAUGUAGGUAUGUCUUGUUUUUUGUUGUAAAUUUUCUAAAUCGAAUAUUUCAAAGAAGUUUUAAGCUAUUCCUUGGCAUAUAUUUGAAAUGUUGUUCGAUUUUUAAAAUACUUUUCUCUAACGUCUGUUUAUAGUAUUUUGACAGCUUAAUGGUACACGAGCUUAUUAUAACUACUAUAAAAAUUAUUAAAUUCCAUGGAGAAAAUGUAAUUGAAAUUAAAAAAAAGGUGCUGCUCUGAGUCAUAGCAGAAUAGUAAUAGGAAUGAACUGAACAUAUUUUCAAGAGUUUAUUUGUCGAUAAAUAAGUGUUACCUGCUUCGUUUUUUAAAAUGAGCCUUGAAUUCGAAUAUAUUGGUCGAACUUGCACAGCUAUCCUGCAAAUCUUUUGCGCUUUGGAAAUGAUCCAUAUGUACAUGAUGCAUUGAUAAAAUACCUAUAAAUAAACAGUAAUAAUUUCCAUAGUUUAUGCAAAAAUUAAACAAAUUUAAUAUAAUGUUAUAACCAUAUCUUAAAAUGAUAAAAAAUUAAGAUGUGCAAAUUGUUUCGUUCCAGUACAUUGAUUGUAAAGUAUACCUUGCAAAUAUGCGGCUUUGUGCCGUCUUUGUUUUUUCAUAGGGAAUUUAAAAUAAUAAUGAUAAUACUAGUAACAAAUAUGAUAAAGUAAUAGUAAUAAAAAAGAGGAAAGAUAUAAAUAAAUCGAAUUAAUGGAUCGUCAUAAUUCAAGUCUCGCACAAAAUUUGUAAGAAAAAGUGAAACCCUCUUUGGCCAGCGGUGCGAGUCGGUCUAACUAAAUCACUUGAAAUGAUAGACUAAAAGUGAAAUGAAUUAAAAAAAACCAAAAAUACCACAAGUAUCUCGACAAAUAAUUUUCACGGCAAUAAAAAUUGCUGACAACAAAAUAAGCCAUUAGGAGUGAUGCAAACUUGGGUAUUAUAUUUGAUGUGAUGCAACCAAGGUUAUUAAAAGGUGUCUCUUUUUUAUUUGUCUCUUCCUAUUUAUCCGACAAUAGGAGUCAUUAUUAAUUACUAAAAAUAACCGAAAUGAAUUUUAAUAUUUGAGCCGGUAUGUUUUUGGAUCGCUCAAGUUUUUUUUAACGAAAGUCAAUUUUCGAAAAUAAAAUUUUAACUUACACCAAUGACCCUUCAAAAGAUAGAAAAAUGGUCAUUUCAUGGACAUUUUUAAUUUUGAUUUAAUUUAGAAAAUAGCAAUGACAAUCUGUUAAAAUUAUUUAACAUUGCUGUAAAUGAUUGCAUCUAUUGAGGCGAAUGAAUAUCGAGACUAAUAAUAUUCAUAACUAAACAGUAAUUCUUCGAAUUAAAAAUAAAACAAAAUCAAGGAUGUAAAAGGAAGAGGCACGGAAGGAAGGAGAUCUGUGUAAAUAAUUAUAUUUUUAAGAGAAUCUGUCAACACAGAAAACUAGUCAUGUAGUUAUAUUCGAGUGCUAAACGAAAUAACACACCAACCUUGUUACGUAUACUUUGCAUUUACACAAACACGCGCUUGGCCAAGACGGGAGAGAUUGAUGCAAAUAAUUAAAAAAAAAAAAAAAAUUGCGAAAUAACAAGUGCGAUGAAGUAAACGAGCAAGUGAGCAAGCGGAUGUGAAUAAACACUUUUGAGCACACGAGCGAGUAGAACGGAGAGUGAAUGAGAAAAUAAGAGACGUAUUACUCCAUUUUCAUACUUCUGUUAAAAGAAAAUUGUCGCAGUUUCAUAAUGAAAUAGAAUAAGUAAACAAAAUAAAUCACAGAAAACUCCUUGACGAUGCUAUGUAAUUAUUCUGUUAUCCUUACUUCAUGUUGAUUUUCAACGUAGAAGUGAGCAUUGCGAAAGUUUUCGGUCCGUAGAUUUGUACAAGAUAUUGAAUGGCAAAGUGGAGUUACACAAUAAUAUAUAGAACAACGCGUUAGCGAAUAACCAGAAUGGAUAUCGGAUGUGUAGAAGGUAUUGUUGAUCAAAUAAUUCGGCGACGAUGAAAGAACAAUAUCUAGAUUAGCAAGGAGUAAAUAAAAAAAGCGACAAAAGUGAUAACUGAAAUAGAAUAACGUAAGCCAGUAGUGCGUUUGCUUUUAAUAUCCUGUCUAUAUUUUUUUCUCUUAUUUAUAUACGGUACAGUGUUGGAUGUUUUACAGAUCACAAAAUUUAUAUGAAAACUUUUUUAUACAUGGAAAUGAGUGUCACGCUAACAAUUGGACAACGAAGGAAUUUUUUGAAUGAUUAUUGAAAUCGAUGUUGAACUUUUUUGAUUUUUGUCAUUUUAUUUACAGCAAGCAGGACGUACACGUAUCGAUCGGAGUAAGGUUACAAUAUAUUUUUGUACAUAGUUGCUAUAUUUUUAAUCAAAUAUUAUUUAAAAAUAUGAUAUUUAGACCAUUUGAUGUAGAUAAAAACGAUAUUUUAUACUCAAUCAUUGUGGAAGCAAAAGAUAAUGAAGAUGUGUGUAAGUGAAUUUGCUUAAAAUUCUCCUUUGAUACAGCAAUAUUAUAUUUACACUUUCAGAUACAUCAAUUUUGUUCACACGCUGAUUUCAAUAAUGUUAUUCGAGAUAAUUUAUUAAAUUAUCGUCGCUUCAGUGGCAUUGAGACGUACGUCAAUAUUAAAUAAAUAAGUAAAUAAAUAAUGAGAUAAACACAAAAUUUAUUCAUUUCCGAAACAAAUGAGAAUCGUUGAUGCAAUCCCACUUUCGAAUUAAAGACACAUUGUUGGAAGCAACUCUGCCGGUAAUCGAUUUUAUCUAUUUUUAUUUAUUAUUUAUAUAAUUAUUAUAUACGUAAAAACCGCGCAAAGAUUCUUUUCCUCGUGUAUAAUAAAUCAAAUAUGUUCCAAAGUCAUUGUUUUCGUAUUUUAAAAGCUAUGUUCAAAUUUAACAAGUUUAUUCCAUUGUC